AUGGAGAAUCCGCCGACUUUCGGCUCGGAAUUGAAGGAUGGCUUCAAACCCGCCAAUGCCUGGGUCUCCAACGGCAUCGCCUGGCUAGACGACAUACAGCAGUUCUACCGCGAGCGAAGCGUUAUCGAAAAGGAGUACAGUGCGAAGCUCAAGGCUCUGGCAAAGAAGUACUUUGAGAAGAAGACAAAAAAGUCGGCGGUGCUCAGUGUCGGCGAAACGCCUGCUUCUCUGACAACAUGGACAACGCAGCUCACGACGCUGGAAUCCCGGGCGGAUGAACACGACCGCUUCGGAAACGACCUCGUGGGCCAAGUCGCACAGCCGUUGCAGGCAUUGGCCACGCGGUUCGAGGAGCUACGCAAGAGACAUGCCGACUAUGCCGACAAGAUCGAAAAGGAGCGAGACGUGUCGUAUGCGGAACUGCGCAAGGUCAAGACGAAAUACGAUGCGGUCUGUCAGGAAGUGGAGGGCAAGCGCAAAAAGACAGAGACAGGGUUUGGUCAGGCCAAGGCCAUGGUGGCCUACCAACAGCAGCUCGUCGAGAUGAACAACGUCAAGAACACGUAUCUGAUUGCCAUCAACGUGACAAACAAGCAGAAGGAGCGGUACUAUCAGGAAUACGUGCCGGAGCUACUCGACUCGCUCCAGGACCUGUCCGAGUUUCGGACCAUACGGCUCAACGGCAUCUGGACACUUGCGUCGGAGCUCGAGGCGAAUCUGCUCCGCCAAAGCGUCGCCUUGAUCGACCACCAGACACAGGAGAUACCGCGGAACCUACCACAGCUCGACUCGAUGAUGUACAUGCGCCACAAUGCCCCCGAUUGGGCAGAGCCGGCCGACAAGGUGUUUGAGCCAAGCCCGGUCUGGCACGAUGACGAUGCGAUGGUGGUAGACGACAACGCCAAGAUCUUCCUCCGUAACAUGCUCAACAAGUCCAAGGGUCAGCUCAGCGACCUGCGCCGAGAGGUGGACACAAAGCGCCGAGAUGUGGAAGCAGUAAAGCGGCUGAAACAAAGAGUGCGCGAGGGUACGGAGAAGAAAGACGAGGUGGCCACGGUCAGCCAGAUGUUUGCGCUGCAGGAAGAGCUGCAUCAGGUAGAGCGCAAGCGCAUCACGGCAGAGGUGGAAACGGCAACCAUCACGACAGCGGUAGGAGACGUUACGCUGGGCGCACGGAGCCACAACUUCAAGUCGCAGACGUUCAAGAUCCCGACAAACUGCGAUCUUUGCGGCGAGCGUAUAUGGGGGCUGUCUGCGAAGGGGUUCGACUGUCGCGACUGCGGCUACACGUGCCACAGCAAGUGCGAGAUGAAAGUGCCGGCCGAGUGUCCCGGCGAGCAGAACAAAGAGGAGCGGAAGAAGCUGAAGCAGGAAAGGCAGGAGGCAGCCAACGCUCUGCUCAAACCCGGAGUCAGCGGCGGCGGAAGCGCAUCGGACAGCGUUUCAGACCUGCCCAACCUCAGCCGGUCCAACACGAUGACCUCGCUGAGCUCGGGCUACGCGACAAGUGCACAUCGGUCCAUAUCAGGCGCACGAUCGCCUACAGCCGGAGAGGAGGCUGCGCCACCGGCCGUCGAGAUGGCGACAAGCCCACGGGUCUCAUCGUCGAGCGUAACUACGCGGAAAUCGCGAAUUCUGGCUCCUCCACCGGCAGCUUACAUCACCGAGCUGCCCGGCAGCAGCCCAGGCGGAGGACCGAGUGCCGAGACGGCAAAGGGCCGGAUGCUGUACUCGUUUGAGGCCAGUGGCGACGGAGAGCUCUCUGUUCCGGAGGGGCGUGAAGUGGUCAUUCUCGAGCCAGACAGUGGCUCUGGAUGGGUCAAGGUUCGCGCGGGCUACAAAGAAGGACUAGUGCCGGCAUCCUACGUCGAAGCUGCGCCUGCUACAGCGCAAAACGCGGGCCAGUCGACGAGGCCAACAUCGGCGUAUUCGAACAGCGGCUCCUCAAUCAGCACAGUCGGGGGCGGAGCAUCAAAGAAGAAGGGGCCAGCAGUGGCGCCGCGACGAGGAGCCAAGAAGCUCAAGUACGUGGAGGCAUUGUAUGCGUACACAGCCCAGAGCGACGCAGAACAUAGCAUGGAAGAAGGCGAGCGCUUCGUGCUGGUAAAGGAAGACCCGGGCGACGGCUGGGCCGAGGUGGAGAAAGGUGGCCUGACAAAGAGCGUCCCGGCGAGUUAUGUGCAGCCAGCUAUCUAG